GCUCGAGCGUUUUGAACGCGGCAGUUGUUGGGUGCGUUUGCUCUAGGAAACAUGUGUCCGCAAAAUUUACGUUACUAACAGCGAGAUUUUUUUCGGCCGAAUCUCCAAAUUAAGACCUUUAAGCAAGAAUGUUCCCGUUGUGUUCUUAGAAUUGCAUGCCAUAAUCAUCUUCUUGUGGGGAUAUGUGAAUGUGGAAUUUUUUUAGGUUACUUUUAUUUGUCAAAUUACCGUGAAAUGUGUCAAUCAUGUCAAACUUUUGCCGGGAUUUUGGUGCUGUGUCUAAUUAAUAGUGUGAUAUCGCUGGACAAUGGGCUGGCCAGGACGCCCCCCAUGGGGUGGCUCGCAUGGGAGCGCUUCAGGUGCAAUACAGACUGCAAAAACGAUCCGGACAACUGCAUCAGCGAAAACUUAUUUCGGACGAUGGCCGAUAUCGUGAUCUCAGAGGGAUACGCCGCCGUGGGCUACGAGUACAUAAACGUGGAUGAUUGUUGGUUAGAAAAAGAACGCAAUAAUUACGGCCAAUUAGUCCCAGACCGCCAAAGAUUCCCUCGAGGAAUGAAAUCACUCUCCGACUAUGUGCACUCAAAAGGCCUCAAGUUUGGUAUUUAUGAAGACUACGGGAAUUACACUUGCGCCGGAUAUCCAGGAGUUUUGGGAUACUUGAGGACCGACGCCCAGACUUUUGCCUCUUGGGACGUGGAUUACAUUAAGUUAGACGGGUGCUAUGCGCAUCCGAGCGAAAUGGACAGAGGGUAUCCCGAAUUCGGGUACUACUUAAAUCAAACGGGAAGAGCCAUGAUCUAUUCCUGCAGUUGGCCCGUGUAUCAAAUUUACGCAGGAAUGCAACCUAACUUCUCAGCCAUAAUAGAACAUUGCAAUUUGUGGAGGAAUUUUGACGAUAUUCAAGAUUCUUGGGCCAGUGUUGAAAGUAUUAUCGAUUAUUAUGGGAACAAUCAAGACGUGAUUGUUGCUAAUGCUGGACCGGGGCAUUGGAAUGAUCCUGAUAUGUUGAUCAUCGGGAACUUCGGUUUAAGUUAUGAACAAAGCAAGACACAAAUGGCCAUCUGGGCCAUUCUAGCCGCACCUCUCCUUAUGUCAGUGGACUUGAGAUCAAUCAGGCCAGAGUACAAAGCUAUCUUGCAAAAUAAGAAAAUAAUAGCAGUCGACCAAGAUCCGUUGGGCAUUCAAGGAAGGCGUAUAUACAAGCAUAAAGGCAUCGAAAUUUGGUCGCGGCCGAUCACGCCACUAUAUCAGAACUACUUUUCGUAUGCUAUAGCGUUCUUGAACAGGAGAACCGAUGGAACGCCUUCAGAUGUUGCAGUCACACUCAAAGAAUUGGGUCUGACAUCUCCUACCGGAUACCGAGUGGAGGAUUUGUAUGAAGACGUAGACUACGGAGUUUUGUCGCCACAAACCAAGAUCAAAGUGAAAGUCAACCCAUCAGGUGUCGUAAUUUUGCGGGCAGAUGUACAAUCUGACUAUAAGCGAAGAGUUCCAUAUUUCACCACGCAGCGAACAGUUUACAACCCACUCAACCAAGUGUUUAGAAUACGAAGCAACGGAUUUUAACCAAUUUAAUGUAAAUACGACAAUUUAAAUUAUAUUUUAGGUACUGUAGGUACAGGUUUUUUAUUAUGCAUUUUUUUUAAUUUAAUUUAAAAAUAAAAUGUAAAAAACGAAUACAUUUCGUUAGUCUAAA